AGGAGUUGCCGCCGCCGCUGUCGCCCACAACACCAGUGCCGCGGCCACAGCCACGGGCGCUGCUAUGAUUUCUCCCGGUGUGUGAGGUUGGAGCCUCCGCGUGUGGAUUUCUCGCUGUCACGAGCUGCGAGCUCCGGAGGUUUAACCGUAGGACAAAAGCCAGGAAUGUAAAGAAGAAAUCAAAAUGGAUCCACAUAUGCGUGUGAGUUCUGUCAACAUCUCUGUGGAGGGGAUGACAUGCGGUUCCUGUGUUUGGACCAUUGAGCAGCAUAUUGGAAAACUGAAUGGUGUACAUCACAUUAAAGUUUCACUGGAAGAAAAAAAUGCAACUAUUAUUUAUGACCCUAAACUACAGACCCCAAAGGCCCUGCAGGAAGCUAUUGAUGACAUGGGCUUCGAUGCUGUUCUCCACAAUCCUAACCCUCUCCCUGUUGUAACUGACACUGUGUUUCUAAAUGUUACUGCUUCACUGACUCCGCCAUGGGACCAUAUCCAAAGUACAUUGCUCAAGACCAAGGGCGUCACAGAUGUUAAGGUUUCCCCUCAGCAAAGAACUGCGGUGGUAACAAUAAUCCCUUCUUUAGUGAAUGCGAAUCAGAUAACAGAGCUGGUUCCAGAUCUCAGUCUAGACACUGGGACUGCGGAGAAAAAGCCAGGAGCUUCUGAAGACUACAGUACGGCCCAAGCAGGCGAGGUCACACUGAAGGUGAAAGUGGAGGGAAUGACCUGUCAUUCAUGCACUAGCACCAUCGAAGGGAAAAUAGGGAAACUGCAAGGUGUUCCACGAAUUAAAGUUUCCCUGGACAACCAAGAAGCUACUAUUGUUUAUCAGCCUCAUCUUAUCACAGCAGAGGAAAUACGGAAGCAGAUUGAAGCGGCAGGCUUUCCAGCGUUCAUCAAAAAACAGCCCAAGUACCUCAAAUUGGGAGCUAUUGAUAUAGAACGUCUGAAAAACACACCAGUCAAAUCCUCAGAGGGAUCACAGCAAAGGAGUCCAGUAUAUACCAAUGAUUCCACAGCCACGUUCAGCAUAGACGGCAUGCACUGUAAAUCGUGCGUGUCAAAUAUUGAAAGUGCUUUAUCUACACUCCAGUAUGUAAGCAGCGUAGUAGUUUCUUUAGAGAACAGAUCUGCUGUAGUAAAGUACAAUGCAAACUUAGUCACUCCAGAAGCCCUGCGAAAAGCAAUAGAGGCCGUACCACCGGGAAAAUUUAGAGUUAGUAUUGCAAGUGGAGUUGGCAGUACCUCAAACUCUCCUCCCAGCUCAUCUCUUCAGAGGAUUCCUUUGAACAUAGUUAGCCAGCCUCUGACUCAAGAAACCGUGAUAAACAUUGAUGGCAUGACUUGUAAUUCUUGUGUGCAGUCUAUUGAGGGUGUCCUAUCAAAAAAGGCAGGUGUAAAAUCCAUACUGGUAUCCCUUGCAAAUAGGAACGGCACUGUUGAAUAUGAUCCUCUACUAACCUCUCCAGAAACUUUGAGGAAAGCAAUAGAAGACAUGGGAUUUGAUGCUACCUUGCCAGAUGCAAAUGAGCCAUUGGUAGUAAUAGCUCAUCCCUCAUCGGAAAUGCCACAUCUGACCUCAACUAAUGAACUUUAUACUAAAGUGAUGGCACCAGUUCAGGACAAGGAGGAUGCAAAGACUUCAUCUAAGUGUUUCAUACAGGUCACUGGUAUGACCUGUGCUUCCUGUGUGGCAAACAUCGAACGGAAUUUAAGACGAGAAGAAGGAAUAUACUCUGUGCUUGUUGCUCUGAUGGCUGGCAAGGCGGAAGUAAGAUAUAAUCCUGCAGUUAUACAGCCCCCGAUGAUAGCCGAGUUCAUCCGAGAGCUUGGAUUUGGAGCCACUGUGAUAGAAAAUGCCGACGAAGGGGAUGGUGUUUUGGAACUUGUUGUGAGAGGAAUGACAUGCGCCUCCUGUGUACAUAAAAUAGAGUCUACCCUCACAAAACACAGAGGGAUUUUCUACUGCUCUGUGGCCCUGGCCACCAACAAAGCACACAUUAAAUACGAUCCAGAAAUUAUUGGUCCCAGAGAUAUUAUCCAUACAAUUGAAAGCUUAGGUUUUGAAGCUUCUUUGGUCAAGAAGGAUCGAUCAGCAAGCCACCUAGACCAUAAACGAGAGAUAAGACAAUGGAGACGGUCCUUCCUUGUGAGCCUGUUUUUCUGUAUUCCUGUAAUGGGGCUGAUGAUAUAUAUGAUGGUUAUGGACCACCACCUUGCAAGUCUUCACCAUAAUCAGAACAUGAGUGAGGAAGAAAUGGUCAAUAUUCACUCUUCUAUGUUCCUGGAGCGCCAGAUCCUGCCAGGAUUGUCCAUUAUGAACUUGCUAUCCUUUUUAUUGUGUGUACCUGUGCAGUUUUUCGGAGGCUGGUACUUCUACAUUCAGGCGUACAAAGCACUGAAGCAUAAAACUGCGAAUAUGGACGUACUGAUUGUGCUGGCCACCACCAUUGCAUUCGCCUACUCUUUGGUUAUCCUUCUGGUUGCAGUGUAUGAGCAAGCCAAAGUGAACCCUAUUACUUUCUUUGACACACCUCCUAUGCUGUUUGUGUUUAUUGCACUAGGUCGGUGGCUGGAACAUAUAGCAAAGGGCAAGACGUCAGAGGCUCUUGCCAAGCUAAUUUCACUGCAAGCUACAGAAGCAACUAUUGUAACUCUUGACUCUGCUAAUAUCCUCUUGAGUGAAGAACAAGUAGAUGUGGAGCUUGUGCAACGUGGAGACAUCAUUAAAGUGGUUCCAGGAGGCAAAUUUCCAGUGGAUGGCCGUGUCAUUGAAGGACAUUCUAUGGUAGAUGAGUCCCUCAUCACAGGGGAGGCAAUGCCUGUGGCCAAGAAACCUGGCAGCACAGUGAUCGCUGGCUCCAUUAACCAGAAUGGGUCACUGCUCAUCCGUGCAACCCAUGUCGGAGCAGACACAACCCUUUCUCAAAUCGUCAAACUUGUGGAGGAGGCACAAACAUCAAAGGCUCCUAUCCAGCAGUUUGCAGACAAACUCAGUGGCUACUUUGUUCCUUUUAUUGUUAUUAUUUCCAUUGUUACCCUCUUGGUUUGGAUUAUAAUUGGAUUUCUGCAUUUUCAAGUUGUCGAAACCUACUUCCCUGGCUACAACAGAAGUAUCUCCCGAACCGAAACCAUCAUACGCUUUGCUUUCCAAGCCUCCAUCACAGUUCUGUGCAUCGCAUGCCCCUGCUCCCUGGGUCUCGCAACCCCAACUGCCGUGAUGGUGGGUACGGGAGUAGGCGCUCAAAACGGCAUAUUAAUCAAAGGCGGCGAGCCAUUGGAGAUGGCCCAUAAGGUGAGGGUAGUGGUGUUUGAUAAGACUGGAACCAUUACCCAUGGAACCCCAGUAGUGAGUCAAGUAAAGGUUCUAGUGGAAAGUAACAGAAUAUCACGCACUAAGAUCCUGGCCAUUGUGGGAACUGCUGAGAGUCACAGUGAACACCCCUUAGGAGCAGCUGUAACCAAAUACUGCAAGCAGGAGCUGGCCACUGAAACCUUGGGUACCUGCAUAGAUUUCCAGGUUGUGCCAGGCUGUGGUAUUAGCUGUAAAGUCACCAAUAUCGAAGGCUUGCUCCAUAAGAAUAACUGGAAGAUAGAGGAAAAUAAUGUUAAAAAUGCAUCCCUGGUUCAGAUCGAUGCAAGUAUUGAACAGUCAUCAACUUCGUCUUCCAUGAUUAUUGAUGCCCAGCUCUCAAAUUCUCUUAAUGGUCAGCAGUACAAAGUCCUCAUUGGUAACCGGGAGUGGAUGACUAGAAAUGGUCUUGUCAUAAAUAAUAAUGUAGAUGAUUGCAUGACUGAACAUGAGAGAAGAGGUCGCACUGCUGUCUUGGUGGCAGUUGAUGAUGUGCUGUGCGGCUUGAUAGCUAUUGCUGAUACAGUGAAGCCCGAAGCUGAACUGGCUGUCCGUAUUCUGAAAUCUAUGGGCUUAGAAGUCGUUCUGAUGACUGGUGACAACAGUAAAACAGCUAGAUCUAUUGCUUCUCAGGUUGGCAUUACUAAGGUGUUCGCCGAAGUCCUACCUUCGCACAAGGUUGCUAAGGUGAAGCAACUUCAAGAGGAGGGGAAACGGGUAGCGAUGGUGGGAGACGGAAUCAAUGACUCCCCCGCUCUGGCCAUGGCCAAUGUUGGCAUUGCCAUUGGCACGGGCACAGACGUAGCCAUUGAAGCGGCCGAUGUGGUUUUGAUAAGGAAUGAUCUUCUGGAUGUAGUGGCAAGUAUUGAUUUAUCAAGGAAGACAGUCAAGAGGAUUCGGAUAAAUUUUGUCUUCGCUUUAAUUUAUAAUCUGGUUGGAAUCCCCAUAGCAGCUGGAGUGUUCAUGCCCAUUGGUUUGGUUUUGCAGCCCUGGAUGGGUUCUGCUGCAAUGGCUGCUUCAUCGGUUUCAGUAGUACUUUCUUCUCUCUUCCUUAAACUUUAUAGGAAACCAACUUACGAGAAUUACGAACUGCAUGCCCGAAGCCAGAUGGGACAGAAAAGUGCUUCAGAAAUCAGCGUUCACGUCGGAAUAGACGACACCUCAAGGAAUUCUCCUAAACUGGGUUUGCUGGACCGGUUUGUGAAUUAUAGCAGAGCCUCCAUCAACUCGCUGUGGUCGGAUAAGCGGUCCCUGAACAGCAUUGCCACCAGUGAGCCCGACAAGCACUCACUCCUGGUGGGAGACUGCAGGGAAGACGACGACGACACUGCGUUGUAACAGGCCGCAGAGAGCGCCACGAGCUCCUGUCCUACGCCCUGACGCAGCCUUCACGACCGUCACCUUCACUUCGCAAAAUAUUGUGGAAGGAUUUUCUGUUGGUCUCAUGCUCUUAUCCUAGGGGUUCUAUUUGAAUUGCAUUUUUCUAAUGGCAAAAAUACCUUUUUCAGGGCAUCAGCACUGAACCCAGCUUUAUUUAGAGUGAAUUUCCAGUAUUUUUGUUCUCUCCAGCAACAGGUAAAGGAGGCCAGUGAGCUUUACGGCAAGCCAGCGAGCCCUACAAUAGAAGAUCGCCAAACUGCUGCUACAGUGACAGAUGCAUUUUUUUAGUUGAAAAAAGAAAAAAGCUCAAGGAAAGGGUAAUUAAAGAUUUGAAGAUUCCAGAGUAUGAUCUUAAGAA